AUGCCCGUCUCACAAGAGGACUUGGUGAGUCUUCUGGCCAUAAUAACAAGCGAACAUAAGUAUAAAGUAACAAACAGCAGUAGUCGAGUCAAAGGAGGGCUGAUGACGGGUAUAGGGGCCACAGUUGGUGGAGUAUGCGGAGGACCUGUUGGUCUUGUCGUCGGAGGUCUUGUUGGGGGAUCUCUAGCCGCGUGGAGGGGAAAAUCUACCCCGAUACCACUGGAUCAAUAUUUGAUGGAUAUUAACAAGGAGCAAAGGCAGGAGAUGUUCACCUACAUGAAAUAUCUGAUCGAAGAGUGUAAGGUACAGAAUUUUGUUGCUUUAAACGCCAAGGUUGCGACGGAUCCCGAGCUGAAGAGACGUUUUUUGGAUGUGCUUUUGUGUUACUUGAAGGUGGAACUAAAAUUGAAUGUCACGGGUGGUUGAGCGAAAGUCCUGAAUGAAGAUGCAAAAGCUUUUAUUAAAAGCCUUUACUAAAAACGAGCGACAACUGGCUGAACCUGGAAGGAAAAGCGACAAAUGUGAAGCUUUUGAAGUUUUAGGAAGUAGCUAUAUGUGUGCGUACAAGAAUUUAUAUAGCAAAGAAAGCUGAGUGGCAUUUUCCCGAAAAAAAUAAUGGUUUCUCAGUUAUUUGUUGUUGUUUACAAAAGCUAAAAUAAAACACUGGCGUUCUUCUCUUGGUGGUCUUAGGAGAAAACAGGAACAUGUGGCAGAUUUAAAUACGCAAUCUAAAGUUAGUAUUAACUUUCUGUCGUAGAUAAAAUAAUAAUCAUUUAAAGCUAAGAUCGUUCCAGAUAAAUUUAAAGCCAUUAGAUUAUGACGAAUCUUUUGUCUCCCUAAAUUUUGAAUACGUCAGGUUCUUUCCUUUAUUUCAAUUUGAAAUAUUAUUUUCAAACGCAGCAAUAUUAAUUUACAUGUGGUUCUAUUAGAGAACAUGUCACAAAGGGAUGCAUUUUUGCCGGUAACUUUUCAUUUCCAUGGCAUCUUAGGGCAUCAGUACCUGGCCGUUUACUUUGUUCAAAGGGUAUGCAGUGACAGCCAUUUUCACAUUGAAAUCUAUUCAUAGAUAAAAGAAGACCUUAAGUUUACCUUAAGCAUAAAGCAAACAAAAUAUGGAUAAGGAAUUGACUCCCGCCGGCAUGCUGCAAGGGCUUUUACGAGGGGUGAUAUGACCCAGACAGUUUUUCUUUUGACAUUUACGAUGAUUGGUCGUUUUUAAUUAUAUAUCUUCUUAUGGAAAAAGCAAGUUUGCCGCUUUAUGAGCAAAGAAAAUAACAAAUUAAAAUAUUAACACACAUCAGGAAAGAGCUAUUGAAAAUGAUCCGAGAGUAUCGUUGCAAUACCUUAGAAAAUAAAUUCACAAGGAAAUAACUGAUUAAGGAAACAAACUGCCCCCUUCAUAUCAUGUUAUGAAGAAUAAGUCUACUGUAGAACUAGUUAUGAUUAGAACUAGGUCAAAACGUAAUGCUUAAGUUUCGUUAAAUACACAACAGCUCAGUCAACGUAACUAGCUCGGCUGAAUAUCAGGGGCACCCAACGAAAAUAUAGUUCAAAACCACUUAAACAUAGCAUUGUUCAACGUAUUUUAGUAUUUAAAGGCUAGAUAUAUAGGUAUAUUUUUAUCCCCUAAAAAUUUUUCACCUGUUCGGAUUUCCUAGCUGAACGUCAAGUGAUCCGAAAAUUAUAGGGAUCAAAACCUACCUUUUCGAAAAUUUCAGCCAGAAAAAAGGCUCCCGAAAAUUCUAGGUGACCUUUUUAGUCUUUUUACGGAAAAAAUCGUUUAAAAAUGGGCAAUCAUACCAUUUUUUAGAUGUUCGAAAAUCCUAGGAGAGGCAGGCAAGCAAGAAAUUUUGCAACAAUGUUCCGAAAAUUCUAGAUCUCAAAUCGUCUAUUUCAGUGUGCCCCUGAAAUAUUUAGCCAAAUAAAAAAGCGUUUUCACUGUUUUUAAAAAAGGACAAUCAUUUAGAAUCAUUGGAAUGUCUCUAGAUUGACAGAUACGCGGACACUAUGAAACAUAGCCGUAUGUGUCUCCUAGUGAUAGCUAUAGACAAAGUAGAUUCUAAGCAAGUACUCUGUCUCUUAGUUUGUUCAGGAUGGUAUACCCUGAAUGAAUAUAAUUCUUGGCCAUAAUUAUCACUUAGGGCUUUGCAUAGAGAAAUAUCCAUACAAGAAAGGGCAAAUGCCGUUAUACUUCGCUAGAGUAGGGUCUCCUUAAUCAAGCCUCAGCCAUGCCCAGAAUGUUUUAAAAAUCCUAUAGGGAUUUGAUUCUAACUUGUUCGUGGGAUUAGCCAGCCCACGUUCACCAACAUAAUGCGACUGAUUUGCCAUCUCAAUUUUCUAAUAAAUAUUGACAAUAACGGUCAAUAACAUUGGACUCUGGAUGUUCAAGAACGAAAAACAGUGGCAGAUCCAGACCUCCAGAUAAGGGGGGGAGGAGGGGCGGUCAUACACACCCUGAGAUAAGGGGGGGGGGUCUCCAAAAAAAAAAUGUUUUUGGUCGGGCCUCAGAAGUAAGGGGGGGACCUAGCCUGCGAAAACAUCCGUUUCUCCUCGCUCUUCGCCGCGAAACGUCCACACUCCACAGCGGCGAAGAGCGAGGAGAAACGGAUGUUUUCGCAGGCUAGGGGGGUGGGGGGGGGGGGCGGCCUCGCCGGGCCCCUCCCCUGGAUCCGCCACUGGAAAAGGCCCAGGAAAAACAGCCAUCGAGCCUCACUCACGCAAGCUCUUUAAAGAGAUGCUCUCCCGCCUCAGCAUUCUACGGAUUGGUAAAACUUGUUUCCUUUUUCUCCUUCAAGGAGCUACGCAGUAGACUUCCUAUAAGUCGAUCUCACGAGUUUCUUAGCGAGCGGAACGAGCUUUGUUAGGUGGCGAAGCGACCGAGCGAGCGACGAAGUGUCCGAGUCCACUCCACGCAAACGCCACAGCAGCAGUCCCUUCCCAUUUUAAUCAACCUGGCCACUCGAUCGCAGACAUGGAACUUAUUCCGCUUGAAUUUCAACCCACUUUCAGCAUGUCACGCCAAAAGGCAAGAGAAGCGUACCUCAUAGAGAUAGAGGCUGUCAACAGACGGUCUGAACCGAAGGAAUGAAUAUUGAACUUUUUCUAUUUCCAUUCUUAUUGUAUUAUCAUUUUCCUGUAUAUUAUUCUAUCUAUUAUUUAUUAUCCAAGCUACUGGUCGGUAGGGACGCUUAUCACGUGUUACCGGAAGCACUGGGAUAGAAGGCCAGGUGGCAUGAUUCAUUAGGGGAAUACCCGGAAGAUCUUUUCGUUUUCGUGGAAGGUGACGUCGUGCUUCUGUUUCUGAACACACUGCGAUCUCCAACAAACAUGCCUGUGUCCGCGGUUGAGCUACAGCGAGUUAUGGCCAUUUUGGCCGACGAAAAUGAGCUAAAAGUCACCGUGAAGAACGCUGCGUAUGGUGGAGUUGUAGCUGGUAUCACAACCACAGUCGGCGGCCUUUUGGCUGGCCCACCCGGGCUUAUGAUCGGUGGAGCUGUUGGUGGACUCUUGGCUUACAACACUACAGGAAAUUUCAAGCCAGUCUCUGCUGUUAUUAAAGACAUGAAUGCCCACGAAAGACAGCUUCUCUACGACAGCAUGAAGGAUAUUAUCGACAAUUUACAUAUUGAUGAUUCCUUGGCGCUCAUAGCUUUUCUGAGCGGCGGCCCUGGAUUGCUUGUGCGAGAACAGCUAAUGGAUAGAAUGGUUUCGUUUUUACGCGAUCAGAUGCGCCUUCAGAUGGCUACAUAA